ACGACAUAUUUUUGUACUAACGAACAGAAUGGCCGGCGAAGAUAGUAUAUGGAACAGGAAGAAAGACCUGGUGUAUUUGGUGUUCUUCAUGACACAUAUACCGGUGAUGCUUGCAUUCGACCUAACAUCCUACUACCCUGUCGCUGUCAAGCCUGGCUGGAUGACCGACGUGCGCACCUGGUACAUCGCGACGUUCGGCGACCGAUUCUUCUACAACGCGCCUGCGUGGUUCUCUACGUUUACCUUGCUCGAGCUAGUUUACCAUCUUCCAUUCAGUUUCUGGGCCAUACCUGCGCUCAUUAGGAACGAUCCGCGCAUACCCUUGGCGCUGCUCGUCUUUGCUCUCGAGACUAGCAUUACGACUAUUACUUGCUUAGCAGAGAUGCUGAGCUGGGACGAAUUAACACCCCUGCAGCGAGGCGUGCAGGGACUGGGUGGAAUGUACGGUGCAUACCUGGCUGUUGGCGUUUUCAUGGCGGUGGAUUGUUACGCACGCCUGGAUCGAAUUUUGAGCAAGCAAAAAGGCAUCACACCUAUCACGAAGAAGAAGCUGUAGGACAUAUCGUUCCACCCGUCUCUUGCCAGCGAAAGACGAUGCAUAUAGCAAAGGUGUAAUCAGAACUGCAAGCUAAGAUGAGACCUGCAGACCAUCCGGG